UUGUAGGAGUUUUGCUGGAAAAUAUUGUAACUCCAAGAAUGACUUCUAAACUAACAAGCUAAUAAAGUAUGCAGAGAAGCUGCUGGUAUGGCUUUAACUCUUUAAAAAAGCUGUGCGCUUGUACUGAAGGAAAUUUCGUUCAAGCUUGAAUUCGUUUUUUAAUCCCUAUAGCCUUUCAUCUCACAUUUGGUCCAUAUUUUCUGCCCUGUAGUUCAUCAUCAUUCCACUAGGGGCAGUAGAAGGACUUUUCCUGGUCAUUUCAAAAUGGCUGCUUUCAUGAAAUCUUUUUUGGCGGAAAAGGUUUUAGCUAAUUUUUAUAACUUUCUUGUGAGAACAACUCAUUUAUUGUUUUUUAUUUUAUUAAAUGACUGCAUGGCGUAUUAAAAAUGCAAAAUUUGUUGAUAAUUCAUUCUUUUUUAAUACAGUUACGCAAUGCGAAAAAUGUCUUACAUUUUUGCCAGUGGGUAGAUAAGGCUCCUUUGUUGCAUCUCAAACUAACAUUACCGUGAACAAAAACUUAUCAAAUCACCCAAAGUAUCAUAAUUAAUACUAUCUAUAUCUAAUAGAUAUGAUGAUAUUACAAAACUUUUUUUCAAAGGAUUGAAAAACAACUUAAUUCUAAAAACAUUAUGUCAAUUUUUUGAUGUAGUGGACUUUACAGGCUAAAUGAAAAUAAAUACAAUCCUCAUUUGACAAACAUCAGUUUGAAUGUUUGCAGCUGUUUGCUGUGCCUUUUCCUCCUUUUCUAACACCUGGAUCACUCCACAUGCAUGCUCUCAUCAACUUUCUGUCCUUUUUCUCUUCUUUUGCCACUUUGCAGUCCACAUACCCAACCACACACUCUUCCACAGCUCCCCAAGAAACAGUCCUCCCUGUUAGAGACUCCUCCAUUGAUCUUUGCUCCCCUGGACCCCACCUCAGGUCCCAGGCUGGUCAAAGGGGAGAGGUGGCCUCUGCUGGGGCGGCAGGAACCCCCAGAUCACUUUGAUUAUGACAGUAUUAAUCCCGACUUGGAGAAUGACGACAUGUUUGCCAGGCGAACCCUGUCGUUUCAGUCCAACAUCGAUCUGGCGUUGGUGAAGUCUCAGCUCUCCGUCAAGCGUAGACUCUGUACAUCAUCGCCACAGCUCAACAUUGUUACCCAGCAACAUCGCCCUGGUGACGCGGAAGAAAGCGAAUUUCCCAACAUAGAGCAGGACGACGUUGUUUAUCGUAAAGAGAAAACUACACAGGCACAGCUGCAAAGACCACUCUCCGGAGCGCCCGACAACUACUCCCCCAUGCCAAUCCCAGAGCCGUGGGCCCUCCCCCCUGAGCUCAAAGCCAGACUCCUCUGCCCUCCAUGUCCCCUAACUCAUGACACAAAAGCAGAUACACCGAAUGAGCCUGAGAAAAGGAUGAAUACUACAACGGACGACAUGCUAAUCAGGAAGCUCAGGGAUUGUUCGGAUCAAAGCCAGCCGUCGCUGAGAGGCCCUUCAGCUCGUCACCGGAGUCCCUCUGUGCCGGCCUCCUUCAGUAAAGGCGACCUGCAGAAAUGGCAGGCAAUCAGGGAAGCCAGCCAAUUAAGACACAGGAAAAAGCUUUUGGUCGAGAGGCUAGCUGCUCUGAAGCUAUAGAAAAAUACAUUUAACCCAGUCUGACAGUCCUCUGGAUUCUGUAGACCUUUUUAUUCUGUUUCUGCUUCAUCGUCCUUUUAGAAUUUAAACCUCUGAUGACAAAUUGAACUUAAUUUGCAAAUGAAACUUUUUGUUUCUGAAAACAAACUUUUUUGGACUUUGAUAAAAAUAUUUGCCCAGUGUUUUUGUUGUCUACUAGAUGAUCAUUUUUGUUUCAAAACUGUUAAAUUUGACUGCAUAGAUCAGGGAUGUCCAAACUUUUUGCAAAGAGGGCCAGAUUUGGAAAAUGUGUGAGGCCCAACCAAUCAGCCUAACAUUCUUUAAACCCAUAUCAUAUAAGUACAUGCAAAUUAUCUGUUUAGUGAAAGUGUCAUUGCAAUGGCAUAACUUUUCCUUUCUUCUCGUAUAACAGAAAAAUAGCUAAAUACAUUUUUGUAAAUUGCUGUGAAUUCCAUGCACCAUUCUUUCCCAGUUAUCUUGGGUUAAUUAGUGGUAGCCCUCGCCGUCAACUAAUUUUUUUUAAUAUAUAUAGAUGAUUGUAUUGUUUUUGUGUAUUAUUCUUAUUUGAUUGCUUGAAAUAAACCAUUUCAAAUCAAAAAUCAAAUCAAAUAUACAGUCGAUAUGUAGAAAUGAGCUAGAAAGUGUUGCCGCAAAUUUAAAAUGGCUUAUAACCUAAUUUAGCCAAUCACAAUCACAAAAUCCUACACGCAGUUGUCGGAAAGUCCUGGGGGCCGCAUAUUAAUGAUUUUAUGAUGGAAAUUUGGCUCACAGGCCAGACUUUGGACAUCCCACAGAUAAUUUUUCAGGAGCGAUUUGAAAUCAUCCACAAAGUCUGUUUCAUAUGUGCAGUGUGAUUUAUGAAGAAAAGGUGGUGAAUCCCGAGCAGAAGAGUCCCAAACUAUGCAUGUCAUCCUGGAGUUCUUUUUCCUGUGAUUUCAUAUGAACAGAAUAAAAUCUUGAUGAAAGAAA